UGAGAAUACAACUUCCGUUCCAGAAAACGCUGGAUUUGUGAUACCGAAAGUCAAAUUGUGUUAUUGAGUACUAAUAAAAACAAACAAAAAAUAAGCAAUGGGGUGCGAAGAUGACGUGCUCAGGGUUGGAAAAAAACUCGAGAAAAUGAUUUCAAACGAUACGUCGGAUCACGUGACAGCACUGGAUUUGUUGAAGACACUUCGAGACUUACCCAUGACUUUGGAUGUCUUGCAGAAAACUAGAAUAGGGAUGACUGUGAACAACUUUAGGAAGGCAACAUCAAAUGACGAGGUUGUUUCACUAGCAAAGACUCUCAUAAAGAACUGGAAGAAGUUGUUGCCAGAAACCAACCAAGGCAGUGACAAGAAGUCAAACAGCACCAGUGCUACCAAGAUGGAUGAGUCUUCGAACGAUGGCUUUGACAACUCCCAGUCCUCUCAGAGCAGCACCAGUAACAAAGAGAGCAGUUCAUCUGGGUCCGGGCUUAACUACACCAACGAUCCUGUCCGCCUCAAGUGUCGGGAAUUGUUGCAGAAUGCGCUUAAACUGCCAGAAAACACUGAAGGAAUGGAGAAUGCUAUGGAUGGGGCAGUGUUGGCAGAAGAGAUUGAAGAUGCUGUGUAUUGUGAGUUUGCUAAUACAGAUUCCAAGUAUAAGACAAGAAUCAGGAGCCGAGUUGCAAAUCUUAGAGAUGCAAAGAAUCCUAGUCUGAGGGAGAACGUUCUACUUGGUCACAUCUCACCCAUUCAGCUAGCAAAAAUGACAGCAGAGGAAAUGGCAAGCAAUGAGAUGAAGAAUUUGCGUACAAAGUUUACCAAAGAAGCCAUUGAUGAUCAUCAGUUGGCCAAGACAGGUGGCACAGUGACAGAUCUACUCAAGUGUGGCAAGUGUGGGAAGAAGAGUGUUACAUACAACCAGGUGCAGACAAGAAGUGCUGAUGAACCGAUGACAACCUUUUGCUUCUGCAAUGAUUGUGGUCAUAGAUGGAAGUUUUGCUAACACCAUUUGCCUCGAAGACAGAUCCUAUCAGCAGUUGUGGAAGAAUUUUACAAGACUGUUAAUACUGGCCUAACAAGGGGUUUCACACCAGCUACAUUGUUCUUUGUGAUAGUCUUUGUGUUGAGACAUGAUAAUCAGGCUGAUAAUAAAACCAGUUCUGUGUACAGAAUCAAAAUGGGGACACACCUUGUAGGACGAUGAGGAAGAUCAGGAAAGGGGCUGUUCACAUUUCCCUGGAUGAUGAAUCAUUGCAAGAAAAGGCAGCAACUGUCUUUAUAUAGCACUAUAGCCUGCAUAGCGUUUUCAAAGCAGCCAAUCACAUUGCAUCUCUUUAUCUUGGCAUUGUCAGAAGCUGCUAUUUGGCCCUUUCUUAGCAGCAAUGUUAUUAAAAAUGUCCAUAAUGAAAUCAAACACCUUCCUGAUUCAUAGAUUAUAGCUAGCACAAUUUCUAUACAUCUGUAGGCUCGUGCUAAACUAAUGAUACAGCCAAUAACAGUAAUAAAGAGGCUUUGAUGCUUAGUUUUAUAUUACUGCAUUUACUGCAAAUUUUGGAAUAUGUUACUUAAUAAACUGAAUUUAAGAAAAUUAGGGCAGUAAAUAGAUUCCAAUAGAGCAAAA